GACGAGUGCGGUGCCAGGAGCUCAUUCCGGUGCGCAUCUGCAAACCCAGCAGCCCGGUUUCAGCAGCGUAUUUCCCUCAUUUUAUGCAAAUUCUUUAUGGACUAAUAAUAUUGCGACACAAAGAGGUUUUAUUGCGCCACAGCCAAUGCCUGCUUCGCCAAGUGCUCAAUUUCAGAGCGCAUAUCAAGCGUAUAUGGCUUCAUAUUGUAAUUAUAUGUAUCAGAUGAUGGCCGCAGUAGGGAACAAUCCAAAUGCUGUGCAAUUUUCGCCUCAAUUUCUUCUGAACAAUCAGCAAAUGCUAAGUGCAAAUUUACCAUUGCAACCUCAACAAGCCAAUCGACCGCAGCAGGCAUUUGCUGCUGAACCAAAUCUAGCUGCUCCUGCUGCUGCUCCAGCUGCAGGUGGCAUUGUUCAGGAAGCGGUUGCCGGUGAUGUUGAUGGCCAACAGAGAGAUUUUUUGGAUGUUGUUUAUAAGGUA